AUGGAUUUAGGUGAAAGCCUAAGAUCAAACAGCAAAAAAGGUGAAAGCUUUAGGGGUAACAGCUCAAAUCUAUGGAGGCACACAGGCAUUGAGGUUUUCUCGAGAUCGUCUCGCGAAGAAGACGACGAGGAGGCCUUAAAAUGGGCUGCCCUCGAAAAACUCCCGACUUUCGACCGACUCCGAAAAGGGCUUCUUUUCGGGUCGAAAGGCCCGGGAGAGAUCGACAUUCAAGACCUCGAUUUUCACAAGAAACGGGCUUUGGUCGAGAGGCUCGUUAAUACGGUGGAAGACGAUAAUGAGAAGUUCUUGUUGAAGCUAAGGAAUAGGAUAGAUAGAGUUGGAAUUGAUAUUCCCACUAUUGAAGUGAGGUAUGAGCAUGUAAAUAUUGGUGCAGAGGCUUAUAGUGCAAGCAGGGCUUUGCCUACUUUUGUCAACUUUAAUAUCAAUUUGGUAGAGGGGAUUUUGAACUCACUUCACAUACUCCCAAGUAGAAAGAAGCCUUUCACAAUCCUUAAGGAUGUAAGUGGAAUAAUAAAACCUUGCAGGAUGACUUUGCUAUUGGGUCCUCCAAGUUCUGGAAAAUCAACUCUUUUGCUGGCUUUGGCUGGGAAACUUGAUCCCACUCUCAAAAGUUCAGGAAGAGUGACUUACAAUGGGCAUAAAAUGAAUGAAUUUGUGCCCCAAAGGACAGCAGCAUACAUUAGCCAAAACGAUCUGCAUAUCGGUGAAAUGACCGUACGAGAGACCUUGGCUUUCUCGGCUAGAUGCCAAGGAGUUGGCUCACGAUACGGGGAAAUGAUGGUGGGGCCCGCGAAGGCGCUCUUCAUGGACGAGAUAUCGAACGGUCUCGACAGCUCGACUACUUACCAAAUCGUCAACAUGUUGAGGCAGUACGUACACAUCAUGAAAGGCACGGCUUUCAUCUCCCUUCUUCAGCCAGCUCCCGAGACGUACGACCUUUUUGACGAUAUUGCCCUCCUGUCCGACGGUCAAAUCGUCUAUCACGGUCCGCGCAAAAACGUGCUCGACUUUUUCGAGUCCAUGGGGUUUAAGUGCCCUGAAAGAAAAGGAGUUGCCGAUUUCUUGCAAGAGGUCACAUCAAAGAAAGAUCAACAACAGUAUUGGGCAAACAAAAAUGAGCCGUACCGUUUUGUCUCGGUAACUGAAUUCUCGGAGGCAUUUCAAUCGUUCGGAAUCGGCCGGAGGCUCGGGGAUGAGCUAAGCAUCCCAUUCAACAAGACACAAAACCACCCGGCAGCAUUAACGACCGAAAAAUACGGGCUCGGAAAAAAAGAGAUCCUCAAAGCCUGCACGGAUAGGGAACUCUUGUUGAUGAAGCGGAACUCGUUCGUCUACUUCUUCAAACUAUUCCAGGCAAGAAAAAAAAUUCAAAAAAACAAAAGGAGCAAACCGUUUGAUUUCCUAACGGUGAUGUCGCUUAUAGCAAUGACGAUAUUCUUGCGUACGAAGAUGGAUAAAGAGACUGUACAAGACGGUGGGAUUUACACAGGAGCUCUGUUUUUCGCGGUUAUUAUGGUCAUGUUUAACGGGAUGUCUGAGCUGGCGAUGACGAUUUACAAGCUCCCGGUUUUUUACAAGCAAAGGGAUAUGUUCUUUUUCCCGCCGUGGGCUUACGCUAUUCCCUCGUGUGUUCUGAAAAUCCCGGUUACUUUUCUUGAAGUUGCUAUAUGGACUUUCUCGACUUACUACGUGAUCGGGUUCGAUCCUAAUGUUGGAAGAUUGAUGAAGCAGUACCUUUUGCUUUUACUCGUGCAUCAAUGUGCAUCGGCAUUGUUCCGAUUCAUAGGUGCGGCCGGUAGGAGUAUGGUUAUGGCGAACACGUUAGGAUUAUACGCACUUCUCCUACUUUUCGCGUUAGGUGGAUUUGUCCUAGCACGAGUCGAUGUGAAGAAAUGGUGGCUAUGGGGCUAUUGGUCCUCGCCAUUAAUGUACGCUCAGAACGCGAUUCUUGUGAAUGAGUUCACAGGGCAUAGUUGGAGCAGAAUGAUAAACGGAAGGAAGCUAGGAGAUAUAGUGUUGGAGUCUCGAGGCUUUUUCCCUCAAGCAUAUUGGUAUUGGAUAGGACUAGGAGCCACAUUCGGGUUCAUAUGGAUAUUCAACAUAUUCUACUUACUAUCCUUGAUGUAUCUCGACCCUUUCGAAAAACCUCAAGCUGUAUUACCCGAAAAAGAACACGAAAAAGACAAAGCCGAAAGCAAUAGCUUUUUUGGCCAAGUUUCAGCUCGAGGUAAUGAUUCUUUGGAUAGAUCAGAUGCAACUGAGGCCAUCGAGAAUCGUAAAAAAGGAAUGAUUCUUCCAUUUGAACCUCAUUCACUCACAUUCGACGACAUUCGGUACUCAGUCGACAUGCCCGCGGAAAUGAAAGCUCAAGGCGCCACAGAAGAUAAAUUGGAGCUGCUAAAGAGUGUGAGUGGGGCCUUUCGACCGGGCGUUCUCACGGCUUUGAUGGGCGUUAGUGGGGCCGGGAAAACGACUUUAAUGGACGUGCUAGCGGGUCGAAAAACGGGCGGAUAUAUAGAAGGGAAUAUCACAAUAUCCGGAUACCGAAAGAACCAAUCGACUUUCGCUAGGAUUUCCGGUUAUUGCGAACAAAACGACAUACAUUCUCCGAACGUCACGGUUUACGAAUCGCUGGUUUAUUCGGCUUGGUUGAGGUUGCCUCAAGAUGUCGAUGCAAGAACAAGAAAGAUAUUCAUAGAGGAGAUAAUGGAACUAGUCGAGCUCAACUCGUUGAGAGGGGCACUUGUCGGGCUGCCAGGUGUCAACGGGCUCUCGACCGAGCAGAGGAAAAGGCUGACUAUAGCAGUCGAGCUCGUGGCGAACCCUUCCAUCAUAUUCAUGGACGAGCCAACUUCGGGCCUCGAUGCACGAGCCGCAGCUAUUGUAAUGAGAACCGUUCGGAAUACAGUCGACACCGGGCGAACCGUGGUUUGCACCGUACAUCAGCCUAGCAUCGACAUAUUCGAAGCAUUCGAUGAGCUAUUCUUGAUGAAAAGAGGAGGGCAAGAAAUAUAUGUCGGGCCAUUGGGUCGCCACUCGUCUCAUUUGAUCAACUACUUCGAAGGAAUCGAAGGGGUCCCGAAAAUAAAAGACGGUUACAAUCCCGCCACGUGGAUGUUGGAAGUCACGACUUCGGCACAAGAGCUGAUUAUAGGGAUCGAUUUUUCCGAUCACUACAGAAACUCAGAACUAUACAAGAGGAACAAAUCCUUGAUCAAGGAACUAAGCGUGCCUCGACCGGGAACUAAGGACUUACAUUUCCCGACUAAAUACUCCCAACCUUUCUUCACUCAAUGCUUAGCUUGCUUAUGGAAACAACACUGGUCAUAUUGGCGUAAUCCGCCUUACACGGCUAUAAGGUUUCUGUUCACGACCUUCAUAGCCCUCAUUUUCGGGACAAUGUUUUGGGAUCUCGGAUCUCGAUG